AUGGCGUGGCAGUCCGGGGCUGGCGGCAGCGGUGUGGGAGGGUCGGCCGCUGGAGAGCCGCCCGGUGUUCAAGCCUAUACUCUCCAAGGUGUCAUGCGAUUCUUGCAGACCGAGUGGCACAGGCAUGAACGAGAUCGCAACGCCUGGGAGAUAGAGCGCGAAGAAAUGAAGAAUCGCAUAGCGAUCCUCGAAGGGGAGACUCGAACGAGCAAGGGCUUACGGACAUCCCUCGAAAGACACGUCAAACUUCUGGAAAUAGCACUGAAAAAGGAGCGCGAAAAGGCCCGGAUACUCGACAAGGGCGAAGCUGCCGAUGCGCAGAGGGAUCCCAAGGAAGUUGCACGGGAGGAAUUGAAGAGGAUUGGAAAAGAAUCGUUUUUGAAAAACAUCAGCCAUCUUGACGCCCAGAUGGAUGCGGAAAACCAUCUUGCCCAAGGCAUACGACAAGAAAAAGAACGCGAUAAGUCUAAAAGUUACUUGUCCAAGUGUUCGUCUGAAAUAACAUAUCACGUUUUACCUACCACCCACGUACCACCAGAAGUCAACGACCUUCCACCUUCGAACAAUGCGAAUCAUAUCUUUCCAGGGCGACAACCAUCCCAGCAAGAGCUCCAGGACGCUUAUCUGCAGUUACAGCAGAUUAAGGAGCAACAGCAUCGGAAUGUUGCCAUGGUCAGAGAGAAUGCUACGCAACAACUCCCUCAGUUUGCCGAAGCUCCACCUCUGGCCCGUACAAACACUCAAAUCAAUACUGAAGAACUGCAAAGAGGUUCCGCGGAAAGACGGAUGCCAGAGCAUAUUGUCCAAUCGUUGCCGGUUGUGGAGCCACAAAAGAACUUCUUCAAUGAGCAAAUGCCUAUUACCGAAGAACAAGUCGAAUCCAUUUCUCAUACUUUCGAUGCCUAUGGCCGCGAGAUUUCGCUGCAAAAUGAUAUGCGAGCAGUUGAGGAGCCAAAGCAGGAAACAUCUGAUGGGUGGGAUUUUGACGAUGGCCCUGCACCUGCCGACAAACCAGCAGAGGCACCACCACAAUACAGGCCCGAUACAGAACUAUUCCCCAGUGCAAAUCUUCUCUCAUCCAAGUCUCCACCCCGGCCUCCUGGAUCGUACCGAAGGAAGAGCUCAGGAGCGAGACGACGCAGUGAAGGCAAUAAUGACGUGCGAGAAUCGGCCUCGGCGAGACUCGAUGCUUCACAGUUCAAAGUCAGGUUCGCUAUGAGGGGGCAUCUUGACGUUGUCCGUUCCGUCAUUUUCACAGGGGGUGGCAGUCCAUCAGAACCUGAAUUUUGCACAGCAAGCGAUGAUGGAGGUGUGAAGCGAUGGCACAUUCCGGCGUCAUAUGCUCACAGCGUCUCUGUCGGGGAUGAUCUGGAUCGAAUUGCGCAUUUCACCCAUCGUGGUCACAUCGGAGCUGUUUGCUCGCUGGCGGCUUGUCCUGCAUCGGCAACCUUCUCCAGUGGCGGUCGAGCUGCAGGAGAUGGUUGGAUCUUUUCUGGGGGCGAGGAUGCUACGGUCAAGGUCUGGGAAAGGGGUCGAGUGGAUGCGAAAGCAACCUUGGAAGGCCAUAGAGACGCCGUCUGGGCCCUUUGCUGUCUACCUGGGUCAACCGGGACCAUCCUGGGUGAUCGAUGUUCUCAGUUUGGUGGACCGGAUCGUGUCCUCCUCGUGGCUGGUGGUGCCGAUGGCACGAUUCUGAUCUGGGCUGUCAGCACACCACCUCAGUUGACUUCACCACCAGCUGGGAGUCGAUCGGCACGAGGCAGUCGCAGAGCCAAUUCGAUAUCGGCCGGAUCCAACUUUCCCAGCUCCCCGCAGCCCAGCGUCGCCAGCACAACGCCUUUUAAUUAUUGCCUAGUGCACCGGAUAGAGCGCGCAGAUAAACCGGCGCCCACCUCGAUAUCUCCCCUCGGCCCUCGUGGGGAAUGUUUCGUGGUUGGUUAUACCGAUGCCAGCAUUCUAGUGUUUGAUAGCCGGACGGGCGAAGAAAUCGUCGGCAUGGCCAGCCAGGAAACCUACGACGGAACUCGCAAUACUGGUGUCAACGCGGUUGUUGCUAGCAGUACAGGAUUUGACACUCGUGACUCGGUUGCCCCUGGUCGGCGCGGGUCUAUGGGUGAAGAUGAUGUGGUACAUGGUGCAACCGGAUCCGACGACGGCGUCGAAGGCGUUGUGAUUGCCGGUUACGAGGAUCGGUAUAUUCGUUUCUUUGAUGCUAACACAGGGCAAUGUACAUAUACCAUGCUCGCACAUCCAUCCGCGAUCUCUUCGUUGUCUUUGAGUCCGGAUGGCAAAGAACUGGUAUCGGGAGGUCACGAUGCAAGCCUACGGUUUUGGUCUCUUGAGAAGAGGAGUUGUACACAGGAAAUAUCCAGUCACCGCAUCAUGAGGGGAGAAGGAGUAUGCAGCGUGGUCUGGAGUCCUGAUGGAAGAUGGGUCAUCAGCUGUGGCGGAGACGGUGCAGUCAAGGUCUUUUCAAGGACGUGA